GCAGACUCCUGGUAAACAGCCGCUCAUUGGAUUCAGAUCAUUGAGGCUAGCUUGGUUCACAGCCGUUGGUCAGGUGGACUUGAAGGGGUCAUAGCGAACAGGAAACGGGCGCCAAGAUUUGUUUGGAGAUGUGACUGUACCUGAUUUUGCUACAAUGCAGUCCAUGCCAGGAUCAGAACAUCUAAAGUCACACGACUCCGGUGUACCGACACAACAUGCCCUUUGGUCAGUGGAUCUCAAAUGUACUCACUUGGACUGGAGCCCCAAAGCCACCCUGAUACACUUCCAGGGACAGUACCCUUCCAUAUGUGAACUGGACUACCACAUCCUGCAGCAAGAACUUCAGAAUGUAUCAAAGACUGAAGCUGCAGUGGACAUAGCAGAUUUUUGCCUGGUUGAAGAUGUGUCUUCAGCUCGCUGGUUCAGAGGAAGAGUUCAAAACCGAAAGGAGGACUUGCUUGAUGUUUUCCUCAUAGAUUGUGGAAAUGUUCUGAGUGUCGACGUCGCUCACAUAAGAUCCUGUACGGAUGACUUGUUCAUCCUGCCUCCAAAAAUAGUCAGUGGGUUUCUCGCGAAUGUGCUGAUUCUCCAGAAUUGUUCUCCCUCAGUUAUUGAGGGAUAUUUAUCGAGCCUGAUUGGAAAAAAUGUCACGGGUUUCAUCACAGCUCUUCUUCCUCACAAAGUUGUCCUGUUGGAAGUGCCCAACAUCAACUCUGAUCUUGUUCGACAUGGCUUUGGGAGGCAUGUGGACAGAGACACAUUCCUGCUGCUGGUUAGCUUGCUUACAGAGGUGCCACUCAAACAAAACAUGGAGCCAGUUCCUGACCUACUCAUUGAAAAAUCAAGAGGACAAACAUUUUGCUACAAAUCAUCCAGCUUGCGGGGUUAUAAGGACAUUUUGUCUUUCUGUGGGCUUAAGUUGAGUUUUGGGACACAUAAUAAAGUGCGAGUAACUGCUGCUGUCAACCCCGGGCUGUUUUACUGUCAGAUGGCUAACGCAACAGCAGAGCUCUGCCAAUUUUCAAAGAAGCUGGCUAAGGUUUGUGAAGACAAAAUCAAAGGAGACAGUCAGAAGACUCCAGAGAACCUGGGUGUUUUGUGUGCAGUUAAAGGAAAAGAUCAGGGAUGGUACAGAGGCUUAGUGCAGUUUCUGCCAGCCCACUCUCAAGUAAGAGUUUUCUUUAUUGACUAUGGGUUCUUUGAGACAGCAAAAGUUGAGAACGUCCACCGUUUGCCACCUGAAUUUUACUCAGCGCAAAUUAUGGCGUUCCCGUGCCAACUUCCCUCUCUGGCUGAUCAGGAAAUGCCGUUCAGAACGCAGCAGCUCAGUUUCCUAAAGGCAGGCUUGCUUGGAGCAGUUCUGGAAGUGGAGAUCACUGGUUUUGAUAAAGAAAAUCAUUUGUACACCAUCAAGGUGCUAAGCGAUGAAGACUCGCAUGUGGAAGAACCCAAGCCUAUCCACAACCUUACCUCUGAGCCACUUUCAGAUGUUGUGGAACUGCCACCUCUGGACCGAUAUGAGAACUACGAGAAAAUCCUGAGUGAAGCAUUAUGCAAAACCAUGGAAGCAGAGGACGUGCAGGUUGGCUCUAUCUUUGUGGGCUAUGUUGAGUAUGCUCAGGAUCCAAACCACUUCUGGAUCCGAACCCAAAAACGCAAUCAGGAGUUUGAGGAAAUGAUGACCAAAAUAAGAGAUUACUUCAGUCAGGUGAAGCUGGAUGAAGAUGUUCUGAAUCCAGAGGUAGGGGCGAUGUGCUGUGCACUGUAUGAAGAAGAUAUGCAUUUCUACAGGGGUGUGGUGACAGAUGUUCUCGAGCAUGGAGCCGAAAUCCUUUUUAUCGACUAUGGGAACAUUGAAAAAGUGCCGCACAAGUUGAUAAAGACCAUACCCAAGGCGAUUGCCAACGAAUGCCCGUUUGCCAUCUGUUGUACACUUGUUAACGUUUUUCCGUUAGAUGACGUUUGGCCCAGCGUGACACGUCAGUUGUUCAGAAAAGCUGUGUCCAGCAAAGCCUUGCUUGUCCACCUAAUCCAGAUGAAAAAAAACAUGUUUGUUGUUGACUUGUUCGAGAUGGGAAGUAACAACAGCAUCACGGAGCUCUUGAUCUCUUCCAAACUGGCUGAAUACAUUCCCCAUGUACCUGUGGAGAAAAAUAACAAAGAUGUUUUGGAGAAAGCCAGGCAACUCCAACAUUCUGAAGCAAACACUAGUAAAAGGUCAGAGAAGUGGCAGCAUUGUGAAGGGGAAGUGAACCAGUGCAGAAAGGAAACUGAGAAGGUUAAAGCCCAUUCUAACUACAAAGCUAUAAAUUUCAAGCCAGGGUUUGAGGUCUCCGUACGCUGCUCACACAUCAACUCUCCAUAUGACUUCUGGUGCCAGCCUUUAGAUGGAACUCAAGCUUUGGAGAAGCUCAUGGAUGACAUCCAGCUCUAUUACUCAGCUCACACAGUCCCCCUCCAUCCUGAAGAUUCGUGUUGUGUUGCCAAGUCCCUGCAGGAUGGAAAAUGGUACAGGGGUUUGGUCAUUGGAAAUAGGAAGAGCCACGCCACAGUGAUGCUGGUUGACUACGGCUCUGUUAUCCAGGUCAGAGAUGAUCAUCUUCAGGCAAUCAGGCCAGAAUAUCUUCAUUUGGAAGGACAAGCAUUCAGGUGCAGCGUUGCUAACCUGAUUGAACCAGCAGAUCCAAAAUACUGUGGCAAUUGGAGUCCGCAUGCAUGCAACUUGCUAAAAUGUUUUGUCCUCAACAGCCAAGAUGUUCUGAAAUGUAAAGUUUUAUCCCUGUUGAAUGUGAAAAACAAAGGCCUAUGCAACGUUGUUUUUCUCCACAACACCCAAACGCAGCAAAGCAUCACGAACAUACUCAUAGAACAGGGACAUGCAAGAGUAGCAACUUUGUCAACAAGGCAGAACUCCGACGUGUUCCCUGAGUCUUUCUUCUACUCGUCAUUUGAUCUAAGACCUGGAGAUGAAGAACAGGUCUACGUUACGCACGUCAACAGCCAGUGCGAAGUCUACUGCCAGCUCAAGAGGAACACAGAAAUCAUUGAAGAUCUCGAGACUAAAAUCUCACAGGACAGUGAAAACAUCAUGCAAGCUGGUUCAGGAGCUGUUGUAAGGAAGUUGUGCCUCGCGAAAUACUUUGACGGCAAAUGGUACCGGGGCAUGAUGCUACCCGUUCAGUUGUCCCUGCAUGUUGGCGUGUUCUUCGUCGACUACGGAAACACAAAAAUAUCCGAAAUAAAAUCCAUCAUGUCCAUUCCCAGGAGCUCUGAAGAUCUGCUGUACACGCCGAUGCAAGCUAUAAGAUUUAAUCUCCGUUCAGUGCCCGCCGGGGAGCUCUAUGCAGACGCCCUGGAGUUCCUCAUCAGUGCCGUCCUCAACAAGCUACUGAAAGCAGUCGUACGUGGAAAGAGGGACGAUGGGUCUUUUGAUGUUGAGCUGUUUGAUGGAGAGAUCAACAUCAAUGAGAAGGUGAAGGAGCUCAUUUCUACCCAGAAACCAAAGACUGCAGUCAGAUGUGCCAUAAGCAACACAAAAACUACAAAAGAUAAAUAUAAAAAUCCACAGGAAGGGCAGUGUGCAGCUUCAUGUAAAACUCUCAAUGGAACAAAAAUCAAUAACACCAAAAAUCCUUUGCUUAGCAGGUCUCUGAACAAGUACGCCAGAGCAAAAAAAGAGAGUGAGCAUAAUGCAAAGAGGUCUGGUUCUAUAAACCCUCAAAUCAGAUCUACCAGUGGAGACCAAAAUAUAAAGUCAAAGGACACACAGAAAAGAGAAAAGUCCCAGUUAGUGCGGUUCCCGGAUAAAACCAUAAAUCCUGGCUUUAGGGCAAAAUGUUUUGUGUCCCACAUCGACUCCUUUAGCAGCUUCUUCCUCCAGUUGUCAGAUGACGAAUCCGCCAUCCUGAAAAUGGGCAAAAAUCUCAACUCGAGUCUCUUCAAGGAUUCCUUAAAGAUUGUCUCGCACUGGAGCGUCAGUGAUGUUGUUUUGUCUGUGUUUGAGGACGACGGUUUGUACCGUUCAGUUGUGAAGAACAAGGAAGAUAGUUCCCGCUACAAAGUGGAGUUUGUGGACUAUGGAAACUCAUCAGUUGUAGAAAAGGAAAAGAUAUACCCUCUACCAGAGGAGCUCCUGUCCCACCCAAGGUUCAGCAUACCAUGUUCAUUGAUGAACACAAGAGCAUUUAGAGAUGAAGCGUCUUUCAUUGAAGCUGUGAUGGACAAGCCACUCAUGGUUGAGUUUGUUCGGCAGUAUGGGAUUCAGUGGCAAGUCAACAUUGAGGUUCUUGAUGGAGAAGCUGGAAAUAACAUACCUAGCAGUUCAUUUGUAGCAGAAAGUAAGGAAGAGUCUCCCUCACUUUUAUCUGAAUCCACUGAGAUUCAGACUGAGAGUCCCUGCAAGGAGAACCUCGGAGAAGACGGCCACCAAAGCGAAAAGUCCAGAGAAGCAGGAUCCAUCUUAGAAAGUAAGAGCUUGAUGCCACAACCAUCAGUCAAGCAGCAGGUCCGAACCUCCAUGCGGGUGAGACGAACAUGCAACAGAAAAAAGAUUCACAAGAAAUCCAAAACAUCGUCUGUCCUCGUUGAGAAGAGGGGUCAACCAGAUAGAUUCCUCCCUCAAACCAUUCAGGUCAGAGACACAGAAACUGGGACCAUCCUUUCAGUCCAGAGUAACGGUAGCUUUUAUGUCAGACUCACUAAAAACAACAACAUGCUUACAUCAAUGGAAAGACAUAUAACAAACAACGUAAUGAAGUACAAGACUGUGCCUGAGGAGGAUAUCAAACAAAACCUGAAAUGCUUAGUCAAGGCUGAGGAUGGCCAGUGGCAGAGAGCUGUUAUUCAGCAGACACGUGAGAGAUGGCUUGAGGUCUUUCUGGUGGAUCAUGGAAUAACAGAAGACAUUCCCAUAGGGCCUGUUCUACAGCAGUAUACCUACCUGAAGAGGAUCCCAAACCUUGCUCUGUUGUGCAAGAUGAACAGUCUUGGUUUCAGUGAGGGGAAAGCAGCUCAUCAGUGCUGGUAUGAAACACUCAAACCAUUAGUAGGCACUGAGGUCAGGCUGAUAUUCGUGAGUUUUUCUGUGACUGAUAAAGUUUGGCUGGUUGAAAUAGUCCUGAGUGGACUGUUGCUUGUGGAUCAAAUCAAGGCCUCGCUGCAGCAGAAUGGAGAAAAGACCACAUUAGCAGAUGAAACCCAAAGUGAGAUUUUACCAGAUGGAUUCACAGCAGAUGUAAGCACACCUCAGCUGCUCUUCUUUCCUCCUCUUGAGACUGACAAAGCAUACCAUGGCUUCGCAACUGCAGUUACCACUCCCUUUGAGUUUUGUGUUGUACUUGAUGAUUUGCACCUCGUCAUGAAGAACGUGUUCAUCAUGUUGGAUGACCUGCAUGGAAAUAUGCCUCCUCUUCCUGAGGCCCACCUGGUGCCAGGCGCCUGUUGCCUGUUGAAGUCCGAAUCCAAGAACAAGUGGUGCAGGGGUGAAAUCAUACACGCUGACACCAUGGUGGUCCUGAACCUCGUCGAUUAUGGACAUCACGAGUGCAUACCGUACGAUGACUUCUCCAAGCUGAAGCAGCUUCCGGUGGAGCUAACAAACCUUCAGAAGACAACUUACCCCUGCAUCCUGAGAGGGGUGAAGCCGGUUGGUGUGGACGGACAGUGGACUGAUGAGGCGGCAGUCUUCUUCCAGCAUUGUUUGUACCAGAAGAACCUUCAGAUCUUCUUCAAAGCGUUGGGCUCCAACUCCACCUGGACAGUGGACAUUCUUACUGAUGGAGUCCAUGUUGCCAAGAAGCUGGUGGAUGCUGGACAUGCCAACUAUACAGAUGUAAUUCUUGGACUCAGGUUUCAGGUGUUGGGUUCCUGUAAACAACCUCAGGUUUGUGGUGCUGAUGAAGAGGAGGUCUGCAAUGAAGUUGAGGCCACUGAUGGGUGUGAUGGGAACACCUCAGUCAACACUGAGCCCAAAUCCAGUCAAUGUUUUCUGAUGUGAGGAAAGCUCACAUCUUGCUGCAGCGAUUCUUUUCUGAACCAGCCUCACAGCAGAAGCAGCAAGAAAAUAAAACCACACCACAAAGUGACUGAACAGCAUUUAUAACACCUACCUUCUUUACCUAAAACGAUGAAAAAGGAAACACGACCAGGCCCCCAUUGUUGAAAAAUCUGUAUUUAUUAAUGAUUUACAAAAGGCUAAACAUGAAACCAUUUAAAUGAUUCAGUUCAUUUUGAAACCUAGAGGGAGAAAUCGAGGAGGAAUUGCUUGUAGUGGUUCUACAGGCCGGUUACUAACAGCAUCUCAUCUCGUCACGUAGGAUCACUUUCAUCUCCAGCCGAUCCGUUUACACUCAGGAUGGACUCACUCAGAGUUUAAAGCUCAGCUGAGGUGCGCCGAGACUCUGGGAAACUGUUUACUAUGUGAAACCAUCAUUCUUCUCUGAAGCUCUCUGUGAAAGGAGAUUACCACAGUCAAGAGGUCCCAAAUAUAAUCCACUUCUCCAAAAUAAAAGGUCUGCAGAUACAGAGUAAAUAUUAAAAUAUGUGCAUGUAUGUUUUUCUUUUUCCAACAAGGUUUGAAAUAAAUACCUGUAAAGCAAA